AACGCCCGGCUGGGGCAGGCGUCCACCAGAUUACGUCGGUUUCCGUUGGUGGGGACCGUCUUCUGGCCCCCGUACGAUGGCAGUGUUUCACGAUGAGGUGGAAAUCGAGGACUUCCAAUAUGACGAGGACCUGGAGACGUAUUUCUACCCCUGCCCUUGUGGCGAUAACUUCUGCAUCACCAAGGAAGAUUUGGAGAAUGGGGAAGACGUGGCAACGUGUCCUAGCUGCUCUCUCAUUAUAAAAGUGAUUUAUGACAAAGAGCAGUUUAUGUGUGGAGAAACAGUCCCAGCCCCUUCCACCAAUAAAGAAUUAGUUAAAUGCUAAACAAGACUUUAGGAAUCCAAAUCCUGAACAUUUGGGGAUGAGCCAAGCCGGAAAAAUCAAAGGCAGAGUUACUGGCUUCCUCUUAGGGACAAUCAUUUUGUAGUUUGCUGUUUUGGAUUCUUUCCAUUGGUUGCCAAGUUCUUCUCCAAUGAAAGAGGCAAGUCCAUGACAUGACGUAUCUGGAUUUCAUGCUUAGAACUUUGAAUUGGAAAAAGUGUCCGUUCUUUUCCAUAUGAAUUUAAAGGAAGACAAUUUGAAGUCAGUGCGUUCCUUCCCUCUGUUUUGUUAUUUUUAUCUUAUACCUAUUGUUAUCUGAUAACAGCCUCAUCUACCUCAAAGUCAUUAGGAUUCCUUAAUUUAAAAAAAGAGAUUUUAUUUUUUUAAUUGGUUAUUAAGAUUAUUAAAUUAUGCCCUUUUUGAAAUUACUAUCAGCUUUGUUAUUCUAAACUUAAGAAAACUAGUUGCUUUGUCAGUACUGCGCAGUACUCCAAGCCAGUCUUUUCAGCCUGGCCAUUAUUAGGAUGUUCCUCUUCUGUUAAGCAUGUGUUUUCCAUUUUACUUCAUGCUUUGAGUUCUGGUCAUGGGAUUAGAAAAUAUAUUGAGCUCACAUUUUUUUCCAGAGCUUAAAGUUAGUACAAAAGAAAGAAAAGUCAAAAGCGAAGUAGUCAAAGAAUAUGGAGUUUCUUUAUCAAUAUUCUGCAUGUUCCUUGAAGACAGACAGAAAAACAGCCCAAGGAAGUGACAUUGGUAACAGAGUGACAGGAGAAAAGCACGGCGACCCAGCACAUGCAGCGCUUCCAUUUGGUUGCCAGGUCGUGGCGAGUAACAUGGCUGUAUCUGGGUUCUCGUUGGUCUGUUACUUUUAGAUAUGACUAGUGGAAUUCAUUCUAGAUGGGUACAAAUGUCGCGUCUUCAUAGCUGGCGGCAGAGCUCUUAGCCUUCCCACAAAAUAUAAUCACUACUCCUAAAGGUGAAGCAUUUACAAGUCUUGCAUUUGCUGGGGAAGAACCUGAAAAUGAGAUGCCUGUUCCCAGUAAAUGUACCCCUGGGAGCACAUCUAAUAAGCUUUUGUGUGUUGCAACGAAACCAAACAUUCACUCUUACAGAGAAAUGUUGCCCUGGAGAAAAAGAAAUAUAUAAAGAUAGGCGAUCAGUUUGCCUUUGCUGCAGUGCUGAGAGUAGCAAGAAAUUAGCAUCACUUACAUGGAAAUUCAAAAAUUCCCUUUAUAUACGCAAGUCUUCUGUGUGUAUGAAGUUUUAAAAAACACACACACUGAUGUCUGGCCGGUUGUUUUGGCAAUGGCUCCUACAACUGAACAGAAAAAUCCCUGCCAGAAUGUGAACAUUCUAUUACUGAUUGAUAAACAUGCUGCACGCACUCAUUGGAAUUUAACCAAAAAUGAGUGAGCGGGGUUUUUUUGUUUUGUUUUUUGCCUGCCAGCAGCAUGGCUAUGUGCAGCCAUUAGCUGAGACAUAAAAUAAAUCACCAAAAAUGUGUGCUAGAAGUACUUGAUACAUUAUGUGAAGCAUUAGAUGGCAAAUUCUUGAUGUGAUUAGAAAUCUCAUUGCUGUUGGGAACACUGACUCCCCAGAAGCCAACCACACUUGCUUUGAAACCAGCAACAGCCCAGAUGAACAGAGCAGGCUCAGGCUCUUCGAAAUGAGCUGCACAGAGAAACAAACUGCCCCAUCUGCAAAAGUUGAUGGCUUUGUAGAUAGCGAUGAUGUUAGCUCCCACAGUUAAUGAUGAAUUUCAAACAAGAAUAAACACUUUUUGAUACAGGUCUGAGCACAGAAGAACAGGAAGUGGCCUGGGUCCAGAUGUUUCAGGAGAAAAGCAUAAACAACAAUCAAUGAUCAGUGACCAGCUGCAGUCGUGGGAAUGAUUUUGUUUCCGAGCAGCCAAGUCACUAAAUUUGUUAACUACAAAAGAACACAUGAGAAUUUAAUUUAAAUUUCUAUUAAGCAGAAAGUAAUGCCAGGGUCUUUCAGUCAUGACUAGAGUUCUGUAUGAUGUAAUAUAUGUGCCUUAAUUAAUUCAACAGACAUUUCUGGAACACCUGAAAACACCUGAGAAGUGGUAAUUCAACCUCUGUCCUUGACUAGCUUUGUAAUCUUUGGCAAGGCCAGUGUAUUGUCUGUACACUUAGGAGACUAGAUCAGGUGAUUCAUAAAUUGUCAGCUCAGGCUUUGUAGCUUGCAGGAGCUGAAAUGGUCAUUGAAACCUUCAUAAACUCAAAACUAAAUCAUGAAUCAUAAGAGAGCGACUCCAUUCUUCAGUAAUUUGGUGUUACCACACUUCUGAGUCUUGUGAUUAUAGUCAACUGUGUAAAUGAUGCUGCAUAUCCUUUAUACACUCAGAAGCAUUUUCUUAGAAAGCAGUCAACAUUUUUGUAACUGUAUAUAUUAAUUUAUUACCAGAAUAAUUGUAUUGCCAUGCUCAAUAAAGUCAGACAAUU